UCCGUGAAAAUGAGGUCCUGCGGGAUGAAUUUCAUUAAGACAAUUUUGUUUAUUUUCAAUUUCAUUUUUGCUAUUUCUGGGCUUGGCGUCCUGAUUGCCGGGGCGCUGGUUCUAGCCGACGUCGGCGAGUUCAGCCACUUUAUCGAGGGCCGCGUUGUGGCGCCGCCAAUCGUCCUGAUUGUCGUCGGCGCGCUGGUGUUCCUGGUGGCUUCGCUGGGUUGCUACGGCGCCAUUCGGGAGUCUCCGCCCCUUCUCACGCUGUUUGCCGUGUGCCUCGCUAUCAUUUUCAUCGUUGAGCUCGCCGUGGGAAUUGCCGCCAUCGCCUUCAAGGCUGACCUGGAGAAUGCCCUGAGAAAUCAGCUGCAGAAGUCCAUCAAAAACUCCAACACGGAGGAUCUCAAGGCCUGGGACAAUGCCCAGAAGAAGCUGCAGUGCUGCGGCCUCGAUGGACCCGCGGAUUGGGUGGAUCUCAGCCGCGAUCGCUACUUGAGGCCCAGUUGCUGCCGCCCUGAGUACAUCGAUCCGCAGACCAAGGACUGCAGAAACGCCCUGCCUCUGCACAAGGACAAAUACUACCAGGACGGCUGCGCAGAGAAGCUCAAGAUGCGCGUGGACUCCAAUGCUUCAGUGCUGAUUGGCGUUGGAAUUGGUAUUGCUUUCAUCCAGAUUCUGGGCAUUAUUCUCGCUUGCCUCCUCGCCAGCGCCAUUCGCAAUGAGAGCGCCAAAUAAGCAGACCACAGAAAUCAUGAUUAUCAAAACUUCCACAUAUUAAUUUCCAUUGUAGAAGAAGAAAAGUCCGCAAGGAAAUCCUUUUUUCUCUUUGUAUACUUCCCAUCGAACACACAAUUUUUCUUCGUAGCUGUAGAAUCUUUUCCAACAUUCACCCAGAGCUUCUUGCAAGAUAAAGUCAUUCCUAAAAGGGAAACGUUUUUGGAUAACGUUGAAUUUUAUUAAUGGUCGCGUAGUGUUUUGUGGGGUAAAGAAAAAUGUAAAGCAUUUUACAAGUUAGUUGACUUGUUAGUUAAAGAUAGCAGGAUUUGUAGGGAAAGUCUUAUUGGGCCAGUUGUUGUGUUGAAAAUUGAUGGAUUUAAUGGAUAUUUUACUAGUAGAUUGGCUAAAAACAGAUUUGAUUUUCCACAUAAGAAAUCUUCAAACCUUCUACCUCAGUUUGCAUUUGAUAAUGUAAAGAUAUAUUUGUAAGAGAGUCAUUCUGAAAGGAAAACAAUAAAAUAGAUGCCUUUAGUCUUGUCAAUUCA